CCAAACUCGAUAGAAAAACAGUUUUCUUUAUUUCCCUACAAUCUUCUCCUCAUCUCUCUUUACUGCAACCCCUAAGAACAGAACAACCACCAUCAAAAUGGCGGCCAUGGCCACUGGAUCUUCUAGAAGAACCUCGAGCGGUCCGGUUAUUCGCUCUCUCUCUCCAUCCGGUAGAUUCCACCAGCACUUCUCCAGAUCUCCGUCAGCUUCCGCCUCCUCCAGCCCCUUCGCUUACUCAAGUUCAAGUUUCAUGUCUCGCUCAUCAACUUUCUUCACCAGAUCCUCAUCGCCUACACGGGUUAACAUGUACGGGCACUCCACACCGUCGCCUUCUUCAUCCGUCCGCUUAAAUGCCGUCUCUCCUAACCGCUCAAUCUCCACCGUCAAUCCUUCUCGGAGCCACAACCAUCAGGUAGUGAGAAAACAGAGCACUCCUAAACGGACUUGCAUGUGUUCGCCGUCUACACAUCCAGGCUCUUUCCGGUGCAGCCUCCAUAAAGGCACGGGGUUUGGCAGUUCUACCUCAUCAAGUAAUUACUCUUCAAACAACAAUCGGCUGAAUGCGAGAAGAUCUGCCAUGACCAAUUCGCUAGUGAGAAUCGGCGGCGUGGAAGGUGAUUUGGUGAGAAGAGCCUUGGCCUCUUUGAUCCGGCCGUCUUCUCACCAACAACGCCGGCGUACAGCAUUCCAGUCCCGACCGAGCCGGCUUUCCGUCAUGUCAAAAGCUGAGUCUUAAGGGUAUGUUGGUCACUUCAAGUUUUUAUUUGCUUGCUCACCCGACGAGGACUGGACUCAGAUUGCAGUGGUGGCGCGUGGAAAUCGGGACGGAAAGUUUUUUUAUCGGAAUCCGGUGACGUAACACAAUUCGACGACAGGACUUUUUGAAUAUAUAGAUACAUAACACAUGGCUUUUGAGUGUGUAUAGUUAUCAAAGCUAUAUUAUUCAGUUGCAAAAUCAAGUCAUUUUUAAGGA